ACUACCGAGGAGUGGCACGCCCUGCUGGCUGACGCGGCUGCAAAGAACCAGGCUGUGGUCGUCGACUUCACGGCGUCGUGGUGCGGGCCGUGCAAGAUGAUUGCGCCCAUCUUCGAGGCCCUUGCCGGCAAGUACCCGCAUGUUUGCUUUGUCAAGAUCGACGUGGACGAGAAUCAGGAAGUCGCACAGGAGUGCCGCGUCUCUGCGAUGCCAACUUUCAAGGCCUUCCGCGACAAGAAAGAGGUCGGUUCGUGCCGCGGAGCCAACCCUGAGGCGCUCGAAGCGCUGGUGGUGGCUCACCAGGGC